ACACACAGACCCUUCAAAAAUGUGUUUGAAAUUAAAGGAGAGAAAGGAAAAAUAUUCUCCAAUAAAAAUGAAAGUAGGAGCCCUUUAAGUAAUUUCCGAAAAUUGAGGAACUUUUCCUGCUAAAUCAUUUCCUGCAUCCUUUGCUUUAAUCCUCUCCUUCCACUUUGUUCUCCAUCUGCUAAAUCACUAGCUUCCCUUUCAACCUGUCUUUUUCGUCAUGCAGAAAACCUAGUUUUUGUGAUCCCCGACAUAGAAAGAAGAUCGAUAUGCGCUUUGAUUGAUAUGUACAUACGCGACACAGAGAGAGACUGUGCAUUAAAGCUCGGGAAUCUCUCUGUACCACGCAACGCAGCCGCCUUAAGCAGGAAGCAAAGCCAUGCAUGGAUUCCUCCCUUCGUCUCCCAGCCGGAGCUUUCUCACGUCUAUAUCCCCUCGUUCUGGUCCCCUUCCAAGCCAGUCCUUCGAACUCCCCCGCCAUGGCCAUCACGCACGCAGACCUGUCGUCCCUGAGGACCCCCUGGCGCACUGACAUCGGCAACCGGAUCGCCCUCUUCCUCGUCCUCCUCUCCGUGCUCUGCGGUCUCUCCGGCUUCGUCCUUUGCCUCGCCGCCGAGGCCUCCCGCUCCGAGGCCACAUGGUAUCGGUUGAGCGACGGCAGCAGGAGCUACGAGUGCGUCUACACCGGCAGCGGGCGCACGCCGCUGGCCUGCGCCGUGUGCGCGUUCCUCCUGUUCGCGGUGGCGAUGUUCGCCGAGCACGCCUACAUGAUGGUGGCAGUCACGUGUCCCAGCCGCCCGGCACCGGCCGCUUGGCCGCUCCCAGACGAUCCACGCACGCUGUCGUCCACCGGUCGAUGGCAAACCUGCGCCCUCUUCCUCGCGACCUGGAUCUGCUUCAGCAUUGCUGAGGCGCUGCUGCUCAUCGGCAUCGGCGUGGAGUCCGGCCAUGUAAGCCAGUGGAGGCAGCCAAAGCCGGACUGCCAUGUGAUCAGGCCGGGGCUAUUUGCAGCAGCGGGAAUCUUCGGGCUGAGCACUGUCCUCCUCGGAGUUGGUCUGUAUCUGACGGCGCUGCAGGCGCAGAGACUACACCAGCAAGAGGACAACAUGCUACGAGGCACCGCUCAUGCGCAUCACCCGCACCCGUUUCCUCCGACGAGCGCACCAUAAGCACCGGACACCGCACAAGAAGGAGAUCACCAGACCACUCAUAAGACUUCGACCUCUGCUUGAGCUUCAGCUUAACUCUUCGUCUUGAAUCCAUUUUCCGAUGGGGUUCUGAACACUAAUUUGAUCAUGUAAAUGUGCUGAUUAGCUUUGUUGUCGAAGAAUUUGAGGCAAAAACA